AUUCCGCUGCUUCCAUUUCUUUGCAUCGGAAAAAAUGAGUUGUUUGAGUUUGAGAGCGGAGGUCGCUGCUUCCAGCUUGUUAACCGUUGCUUAUCGCAAUCCUAAACCCCUCCAUCCUUUUCCCUCUACAAUUCUGUGCACCAGGAGUAAGAGUAAAUGUUGCUCCCAACUCCUCACCUACUCUUCUUCUUCCACUUCAACUUCUAGAACCUUCCCUCUCAACUUCCCGUUAACAUCCUAUCGCCGCCGAUUUACCGUUUCCGCAACCACCACUGCUCCGCCUCAGAGCGAUAGCUCCGAUGUUUCCACCAAGAUUCCUCCCGACAAUCGCAUUCCCGCCACUAUCAUCACCGGCUUUCUCGGUUCCGGCAAGACAACGCUGCUUAACCAUAUUUUGACUGCUGAGCAUGGAAAGCGCAUCGCGGUUAUUGAGAACGAGUUUGGUGAAGUUGACAUCGAUGGUUCUUUAGUUGCGGCGCAAACUGCCGGAGCUGAAGAUAUUAUGAUGUUGAACAAUGGUUGCCUUUGCUGCACAGUCAGGGGUGAUCUUGUUAGAAUGAUUUCUGAAUUAGUUGCUAGGAAGAAAGACAAAUUUGACCAUAUUGUUAUCGAGACUACGGGAUUGGCAAAUCCAGCACCAAUUAUUCAGACAUUUUAUGCCGAGGAUAAUGUUUUCAAAGAUGUAAAGUUGGAUGGUGUUGUCACUUUGGUCGAUGCAAAACAUGUUCAUCGUCAUCUUGAUGAGGUCAAGCCAGACGGUGUUGUCAAUGAGGCAGUGGAACAGAUUGCCUACGCAGAUCGUAUAAUUGUAAAUAAGACUGACCUUGUCGGUGAAUCUGAGAUCGGUUCUUUGGUUCAGCGCAUAAGGAAUAUAAACAGCUUGGCUCAUUUAAAGCGGACUGAGUUUGGGAAAGUUGACUUGGAUUAUGUUCUGGGCAUUGGUGGCUUUGAUUUGGAGAGGAUUGAGAGUGCUGUCAAUGAUGAGCCUGCAAAGGAAGAUCAUGUGCAUAGCCACAGCCACGACCAUGAUCAUGAGCACCAUGACCAUGAUCAUCACCAUGAUGAUUCUCAUGACCACAAGCAUGAUCACCAUGCUCAUAGUCACAGUCAUGAUCCUGGUGUUUCGUCUGUUAGCAUAGUUUGUGAAGGAAGCUUAGACCUUGAGAAGGCUAACAUAUGGCUCGGUACACUCUUGCUGGAACGUAGUGAUGAUAUUUAUAGAAUGAAAGGUCUUCUUUCCGUACAAGGAAUGGACGAAAGAUUUGUUUUUCAGGGAGUUCAUGACUUAUUUCAAGGUUCACCUGAAAGGUUGUGGAGACCGGAUGAACCAAGGGUAAACAAAAUUGUUUUUAUUGGGAAAAACUUGGAUGCUCAGGAAUUGGAAAAGGGAUUCAAAGCCUGUUUGCUGUGAUACCAGUUUCAAUAAAUUAAUCUUCUGUUGGAUAUGAGAGUUCCAUCUACUAUAGUACCAUGUAUUCCUCUGAACUGACGUAUAUAUAGUGAAAAAUGUUGUAUUCCUCGACAUUGUGACUGAAUGAGAGUAAAAGAGUAUCAGUUUUUUUUUUUUUUGA